ACGUUAAACAGUAUUGUACAGACGCAUGCUUACUAAUUAAUCAAUUAAGUUGUUAAUAACACCUAUGAAGCAUUAAUAAUUGUUUAAUCGAAUUUGUUAAAAUUUGAUCAAAGUAUACUAUUAUCAGGGAGGAAAUCUAUUACUAUCAUAUUAGAAUUUGAAUUUUCAUGUAAAUUAUUAUAAAAUUUCAUCUAUUUUCUAAUAGUAUAACGUAUGGCGAUAAUUGAUAAGAUAAAUUGCUGUUUUAUAGAAUUUGUAACGCAAAUUUUUAUGUUGGCAGUAUGUAUUAACCUGUCAUAUAUGUCGGAUGUUUAAAAAAUUAAUAUAUUAUAAAUAUGAUCGUUGUAUAGCCGUGAUAAUUGGUAACAAUUAUACAACUGAUGUAUGUAUAUGCCCAAAGGGAAAAAGAGCUAACAGUAUUUUUUUAUAUUUUAAUCUGAAUCUUUUCAAAAAAUUUCAAUAUCUAUAAUUUAAAUAAUGUUUAGGCAAAGCAUUUAAUAUGACUGCUACACCAGCAUUUAUUGAAGGUUGGAGCCUAGACAAAGUUUUGGGUUCUGGAGGAUUUGGUAUCGUCGAACUUUGGAUACAUAAAAGUGGUGAAAAGCUUGCAAUUAAAAUAUGCAAACGGGAGGUUGCACAAUUAAAAGAAACACAACGAAAAAGAUGGAUUAAUGAGGUACAGAUAAUGAAACGUUUAAAGCAUCCAAAUAUUGUUAAAGGGUUAAAUUUACCAUUUAAACAUCCUGACGAUAAAGUAGAUUUACCUUUAUUAUGUAUGGAAUUUUGUAGGAAAGGCGAUCUGAGAAAGGUUCUAAGGAAAGUGGAAAAUUGUUGUGGUGUUAGUGAAAAAGAAGCAAUUAGUGUAAUGAAAGAUAUUUCUUCUGCGAUUGAAUACUUACAUUCCAAUAACAUUACUCAUCGUGAUCUGAAACCUGAAAAUAUAGUUUUACAAGAUGAAUGUAACAUCAUUUCAUAUAAAUUAAUAGAUUUAGGAUACGCAAAAGAACUUGGAGAGGAUAGUACAUCUGGAUCUAUAGUAGGUACAUUAAAUUAUAUAGCUCCAGAACUAUUAUGGAAACAAACAUAUAGUUGUUCUGUAGACUAUUGGAGUUUAGGCAUUCUUUUUUAUGAACUUGUUACUGGAACAAGACCAUUUUUACCUAAAAUGCAACAUACUAUGUCGUGGAUGCAACAUAUUAGAAAUAAAAGAUAUGAUGAUAUCUGUGCUUUCAAAUCAAAAGGGAAGGUAGUUUUUGGUCAAGAUAUUACUGGCCCUACAAACUUAUCAAAAAAUCUUCGAAAUAAAUUAAUAGAAUGGUUUAAGGUUGUGUUACAAUGGGAUCCAAAGAAAAGAGGGAAACAAUAUGAAAGUGGAAUAUCGAAGCUUGUGGUAUUUGAAUUACUGCAUUCUAUUUUAUCAAAGCAGAUAGUUCAUGUAUUUGUUGCAUCGAUGUAUAAAAUUAAUACAUAUGAAAUAGAUAGCACUACUAAGAUUACAGAUUUACAAUAUAUGAUUGAAAAGGAUAUUGAUAUACCAAUAAACCAACAAACUUUAACAGAUUAUUUUGGUAAAAUUCUUAUUGAAAAUCAAACACCACUUUUAUCACAAAUUCAGAAUACAGAUUUAUUUGUCUUUAAAAAUGAGAGUCCUUUAAUAGAGACCAUCCCUAUACCAGUAAUCCCUAUGGAAAUUCGAAAUAUAAUAGAAUUGCCAAAAGGUCUGUUGGAUUUUGAAACAUUACAAGAUUAUUACAGAGUAACAAUAUUUUUUAUCAGGCAACAAAUAAAUUUGUUUCAAUUGUAUAUUUUUGCCUUAACUAUAAAAUUAGAUUUGGUAAUCGAAAAACUUGAUACAUUUAAUAAAAAUAUGACAAAUACAUUAACAAAUAUAAAUGAUCUUCUAAGUGAACUAGCUAUAGUUCGUAUUAAAUGGGAAGGAGAAACUAUAAAUAAGAAGAAAUUGACAGCUUUGGAAAUUAAUUGUAAAAAAGUUGCUAAACUUGUUAAGGCUGCUAAUCAAAUAAAAUUAAAAUUUGAUCCAUUGAUAGUAGAAAGCAGUAGAUUAAGCAAUGAAGUAAAAUCUAUUGAUUGUAUUAAAGAUAUGUUUGAAAUAUAUAAUAAAAUCGAAAAAAUCUAUGAAUUGCAUAAAGAUGAAUAUUCUCAUAAAUAUGCAAGACCAACAGAAAUAGCAAAAUUAAUUUUUGAAUUCUUGAAAGUACAAGGAGCAGAGUUUCACAAUAUUUCUGAAAUUAUAAAACAAAUGGCGAAAUUGGAAUCAGAACUCCGAACAUUGGAAAUGAUUUUUGACUCAGUUAUUGCUAUGAAGACAGUGUACUGUGAAGAACUUCAAAAUAUAACACAACAUCUCACUUCCAAUGUGUUCGAUAUUUCUAAUAAAAAAUAUUUAAGUCUAUCUACCUCUACAAAUAAAGCUACAAACGUUUUAUUACACGAUAGUACGGAAAUAUCAAAUGAAUUUGACAGUAAUCAAUUUCUAAAUAUAUCUAGUAUGAAACAUAAGGAAAAGCUAAACACAGAAAAUGAUGUGAUAUAUGAUAACUUAGUAAUACGUUACACGUUGGAUAAUCUUUUGAUAGAAAUGCAAAAAAGAUACAUGGAACUGCUUAGCUUGGAAUUAUAAACACAAAUAUAGAAUUCUCAUUUUCCAUCCAACAUUACUUGAUGAUGUUAAAUGAUCUGUAAAAGAUUAUGUAUCAGUAUGAAAGGUGUUGAAGAUAUUCUACUAGGGGAAUACCAAAAUUUUAUUUUAUGUGCUGAUCCAAAAUUAACUAUGAAGACACAAAAUGUAUGAUAGUAAUAUAUAAGCAUGUACACAUGUAUAUGUGCGGUGAAAUUAAAUAGUUCAGCAUCAAGAUAAGAAUACAUGAUAAUGAAGCUUUUCUAUAAAGUGCCUAUGAUGUGCAAAAUUAUUUGAUCUUUUCAAGAUGUCUUACAGCUGUUCUUACAUAUUGUACAUUUUAUGUGAAAUCUGCACUAUACGUUUAUGGUUAGUGUAUUAUGUACAUUAAUGAUUAAUAUAUAUUAUAUGUACGUGCGUGUAUAUAUCCUUGCUUUAUAUAUUUUAAGUAAUGUUGUAAAAUUAUUUUAGAGAUAGGAUUUAUAAAUAUUAUUUAUAAUUUGGUUUUAUAAAUGUGUUUUAAAUGUUAUUUAACGUACCUAUUUUAAAAAUUACACACAGGAUCAAGUAUAUAAAAAUAGUUUUUAAUAUCUGUAACAGAAUUAAUCCUUUAUAUAUAUAUAUAUGCCAUGAUUAUUUGUAAUUAAACUAUACUCACAAUCCAGAUGUUUAAAAUUUUAACAUCCAUUGUAAUCAACACAACAGUAAGAUACUGAGUAUUUUAUAACAAAACAGUACCAGCAGCUCUUAUACUUUAAACUUAACAAAAACUUACACGGUUGAAUGAAUAAGUAAGAGAUAUGUUUUUAUCACACUUUCACUUAUAGAGAAAUUAGUAUUUUAAAUUUUUAUUAAUUCAUUUUUCUAAACCUUACAUACUAAGAUGUAAUAAUUAAAAUACCAGGCGAAAAAUAAUACUAUUAUAUUUUAAAACGUGUUUUAUUAAAAAAACUGUAUAUACAUCCUAAACUGAGGAUUAAACAACGAUGUUAAAAUAAAUAUGAUUUUCAUUUACUA